GCGAUAGAGAUGACCUGCGACCUUAUAUCUGCAUUUUAGAGCGUUAAAACACCAGAAUGUAUAUUUUCAGUGGUAAAUAACACAAUGUUUCACUCUUGAAAAGGAUAGUGCACAUGACAAUUCUUGUAUUGCUAACAGUUACUGUUUGAAAAAGCAAGCAGACGGUGACCUGAACCAACCAGAAUAAUCCAAUAAGAGUUAUCCCUCUUCCCACAUCAGUUUACUUGUUGAUAUAAUACAUUAUAGAGUAGUUUACCCAGGCGGUCAUGAAAAUCACAACAAAUGAUGUUUGCCAACUAUAAUCACAUAUAGGAUGGACAUACAUUUAAACUGAUCAAUGAACUGGAUGAUCUUAGAUGCAGAGGAAUGUCUUAUGCAUGAUGCUUCUGCAAACUGAGGUGGAAAAAAUGUCCGUCUUCAUCACUGACACAGCUGAAGGUACAUUGUAGAAAAAAGGUGUCAAAGAGCCACAACGUUACAUUUGAGACUGAAUUGGGAUUUACAUUGAGAUUAGACAUCAACAGGAAGGAACAUUUGGGUGUGAUUAUCAUUGCACUUCCUGUCUCAGGGAUACAGUGAAGGACAUGCUACAGUUACCAAGUGCUUGAGGACCAUUACUUCAGGGCCCAGAUCAGUAGGUGUGUGUCAUUUUGCCUUACUGCUUCAGGACUGCAGUGCUGUUUCAGUCCAGUACAGCCCUACUAAUGGUAAUACCAUAUGUUGUAAGAUGAUGGUGUGACCCAGAUCCAGCCAUGAAGAGGUAGUCAAAUGACCAGAGUUUUCAAGGACAAGCACAGAAAUUGAUACUUCCAUGUAUUGUGUUGUAGUCGGAAGGACAUGCUCCAUUCUGGUGUUGUUAUGAUACCCACUGGAUAACUACCUUGGAAAAUAGAGGAGGAGCAAUAUUUCAUUUCUAAUACAGGGACAGAUUCAGGAUGGAUAAAUCUAAGACUUUCGGAUUAGUGCACAAACUUUGUUACUGUGAAAUGUUGCAGUUCAUAGCCAUUCUUUGUGCUAUUUUACCAUAUUCUGGUUCUAUGAUAGUAACAACAUGUGGAAAUUUACAUUCUAAAGAUUUGAAAGUGGAGACAUCUCAGGAGUUUGAGACUGAUCCAAUGACACCAGAGAAAUUGUAUUACCGAUAUUUACAUAUAGACGAAGCGUCUAAUUCAUUAUUUGUAGGGGCCAUGAAUCAUAUAAUACGCUUGAAUGUAGCCAAUAUAUCAAAUAAAUAUGAUCAUUACAAGUUAAAAGUUAAAAGUACAGACUUACAAACAAGUUAUUGUAAAUAUGAUGCUAAACCUGAGGUUCCAGAUUGCCAGAAUCAUAUUAGAUAUAUAGAAAGAUAUAUGACAUCAGAUCCAAACCAGAUAUAUUUCUGUGGGACAGGUGCCAUGCAGCCUAUUGGCUACACCCUAAAUAUAGAUGUGAUGGAGACAAGUGAUGAUGCUGGAAUCAGUGCUGAAUCAAUGUGUCCCAAUGAUCCAUUCCAAAACUCCACAGCCCUUUAUGUUGAAAGUGGAAACCCUGGCAAUGUGUCUGCCCUCUACUCUGGAACUCGUGCUUCUGGCCAGCCAUUUAUCUACAGGCCUCGCCUCAUGGACAACGGUGUGGAGGCCAGUAGUUUCAUGAAAACAGUUGAUGAUGACAAUUGGAUAAACAAGGGACAGUUUGUUGGCUCCUUUGACAUGGGUGACAGUGUUUACAUCUUCUUCAGAGAAGAAGCAUUGGAAUUUACCAACUGUGAGAAACGUGUCUUCUCUCGGGUAGCAAAAGUCUGCAAGAGGGACCAGGGUGGAGCGAGAAGUAUCCUGCGGAAUAGGUGGACAUCAUUCCAGAAAGCUAGACUCAACUGUUCCAUUCCCGGCGACUUCCCAUCGUAUUUUGAUGAAAUUCAGGAUGUUGAACGAGUUGGUGACAUCUUCUACGGCCUCUUCACAACAAAUGUGAAUGGUAUAUCGGCCUCUGCUAUCUGUGCAUUCAAUGUCAGUGACAUUCUAAAGUCCUUCAGAGGAAAAUUUAAGUCACAAUCUAAGCCUAACACCAAUUGGCUGCCUGCCGAGGAUGAACCAGAAAACUGGCCCAAUCGACCACCAAAUUGUAAUAACAACUCAAAGGACUUGUCCGAUGCCAUCCUGUCAUUUAUUCGACUGAACCCCCUCAUGGAUGAUGCUGUCCAGCAUCUAAAUGGGAAGCCCAUAUUCUAUGAGAUGGGCACGCAGAUGCACCAAUUAGAGGUGGCGCACAACAUCAAUAUGGAAAAUGAAGUUGUCUUCUUUGCCUCCACAAGUAAAGGCCAAAUUUACAAGAUAUUCCUAGAGCAUGGCUCUAAACAGGGAAUUGUCUCCAGCGUGUACAACCUCUUUACUAUCCCUGAACCAAUAUGGGCAAUGAAACUGAAGGGAGAGAGUAUCUAUGUUGGAUCUGAUACAGCUGUCAAACAAGUACAUAUUGACACCUGUAGCAGGUAUGAUAAGAUGGACACAUGUGCUUAUGACCCCUACUGUGCCUGGAAAGUUGUACCUGGAGAAUGUGUCAGAAUCGACAGAAGUUUCUUUAAUGAUCCUAAUAACUAUUAUACAUACAAGAAUGUUGAUGACAACCCUCCAGCUGCAACUGAGGAUGAGAAGGUGAGGACCAGAGGAAGCUCUAUAACACUGGACAUCUCCUACAUGAAAUGUACCAUACAGCGAACCAUCCAGUGGAAGUACAGGCGGACAGACGAUGCCAGUCCCACUGGUAUAACAUUUGAAGGCCAUGGGGACCAUUUUCAUAUUGACCCCAAAGGGUCGCUCAUCAUCACUAACAUACAACCAGACCAUAAAGGAUUGUACACUGCCAUGGACGAGAUGGGCAAUGUUCUGUCCAAGUAUAAUCUUAAAGUUUUGGAAAAUAAUGAUGACAUAGAAACAGAGUGGAAAAGGAAGUUUGAAGAAUGGUGUGAUGAAUUUGAAAAGCAGAAGAAAAUUAGAGAAUUAUGGGAAAACACGUGUACAGGUUCCUAGUUCAAAUCCACUUACAAUAUACAAAGGCAAUCUGACUGGGAUUAUGACUAAGGACUACUAAUACGACUCUACACAGAAGCCAUACCACUCACGAUAUAUCAGGCCUGCCAUCAUCUGUAAAUGACAGUGCUGAUGGCCAAAAACCACUGGUAAUAUUCUACAUAGACUUCAUCAAACAAGACACAGACAAAAAGAUUUCAAAUUGGAAUUCAACAUCAACACUUCAACCACUUUUUAUCAAAAUUUAUUUUGUGAAUUUUAAGUUAAUUUCGAUACAUUUUGACCAUCCAGGUGUGAUUUAUUGAGAGACAACUCACUCACAUUUUGAGUUUGCAAAGAUAAUGUAAAAGUUUAAAAUACAUAUCUUAAAAAAGGAGGAUUAUGACAACUGUCAUCAGAAGAAGGCCGAGUUAUGUCUGAAGAAAACAUGGCUGAUGGAACAUGGCUGACACCCCUGAUGUUCCUGGUGUAGACCCACUCCGGCCCAAACAUUUCAAUUUACAAGGGCCUGGGUUUAAUUUCUUCGUAUGUGGAGUCACUGUAUGGAUUAGAAUUGACCUGUGUGGGGAGCCAUUGUUCAAGUAUCACUUCUUAGCUUGCAGUAACCACAUAAGGACCAGAAAUGUUUCCUCUUAUGGAGCUAUUGUUCGACAUUGGAUGUGAUUUCUGUAUGCAUUAGUUAUUGUGUAGCAUUGGACAUGAUGCCUUUGUUUCCAAUGACAACUGCUCAUCACUAGAUGCAGGCCUUUUGUUGCAGUAAUCAUUGUUCAAUACCUGAUGUGAAUUCUCUAUAUGCUGCCGGCCAGUUUGCAGAAUGUUAGGAUGUACUGGUGAUUCUUAAAAUAGUGCUUGGUAAAUAAUGCUUGGUUUUAGCAUUUCCUAGCUUGAAAUUAAACCUAAUUCUGUAAUAAGGCAAUGCACCAACAGUGAAGAAGUGUACAUUGUGAUAUACAUAGUGUAUACAUAAUUCAGAGUUAAAACUUGUGUCCUGUUACAGUGAUGAGAUGCUGAAGAUUUAUAAAGUGUGGAUAUGAUAUUGGUACAGAUUCGUUUGUAGACGGACAAAGAAACCGGACAAGAUAGCUGGGCAACAGGGCAUAGGCUUAAAUAGCGGCCACCUGACUGGGUAUCCUGCUGUAAACAUUAUUAGGUUCCCUUCUGUCAGUAGCUGUUUUUAAUAUGACAGUCUGUAUAGGUGGUAGAAAUAUUUACAGGGAGUCUUAGAGGGAAAUACUCGUGUAUUUAUCAACAUGUGCCACAUUUAUGACACAGAAACAUUGGACACUUAAAAGUGCAAUGUGUGUGAUAGACAUACUUUGUAUGACUUUGUCAUCUAAACAUGUGCUAUAUUGGUUUCUCUGGGACAUUCCAGUGUAGUUAGAGAGAUACCAAAUCAUCAUCGAAUUUGUUCUGUGUAUUGUUGAGUAUCUGUGUGAGUGUUAAUUAACAGGAUGUAUAGGUAGCACAGUUCUCCGUGUACAUAGACAUAUAAGUUUGUAAAAAGCUCAUCGGUAUUUUCUGUAUAUAGCACUCAGAUGUAAAUAUAUCCAACAUGAGAAAAAAAUCAAAAUUAAAAUUGUGUGUUUUGUCUGAAUUAUUUAAUAUCAUUGUGCUUGUUAUUUUAUGAUAAACAGUAUAUUUCUUACCACUAAGAGAUACUAUGGUAUGAAGUUUGUUAAGGUCUACUCUGUAGUUGUUCAGUUUGUGGGGCAAAUAUUUUGUGAAUGUCCCAGUGGAAACUAGUUCGCAGGUAUUAAAUUUCACAUAAUACCAAUAGUUCCAUACAUUUAUGUGUAUUUAUAGAUAUCCAAAUCCCUUGAAUAACUCACUGUACAGUAACAAUGUUAACAAACUAUGGAAUUUAUUAUAACAAUACACUGUACUGGAUGCGGUGGGACCUCUUGAUUUUGUCUAUGUAUUGAUAAAAUUUUAAAUCGGUAUUUCCUCUUUCGCCCAUUCAUAACUCAUCAGAUAUUUUGAUAUUAAGGACAUUUUAUUCUGAGGUAGUUUCUACAGGAGGAAAAGUCUCUACUAACAAAAUAUGUUACUUUGGUUUGGAUGGCAUAUUGACAUUAAACAGUUCCACUGUGUAUAUAUAUAUAUCUCAUACCAGGCACUUUACCCAAGGGUAUGUUACUUUCUUUAUUAAUUAACUAUUUAACCCAUUAUAUACCUGUCCCAUUCAGGCCCUAUCCUUCUUACAUAUAAAUUAAUGCCUAUUACUGAUUACUAUUAGGUAAUCAUUUUUGUGAUAAACAAUGCUGUGUUUGUCCUAAGGUAAGCAAAUCAAUAGUACAGGUAUGUAACUCUAUCACUUUGCAUAUGUGGUGCCCAGUAGUAUGUAUGCAUCCUGUAUGUCUGAACAUCCGUCUGUCCAUAUUUCAAUUCAAAAUAAUUACUUUAAAGCUGUCUUAUUUUCCUCAAAAAAUGCCAUAAUAGUUGAUAUGCCAUGAAAACGUUUUUGAACCAGUUAUUUUCUUUUUUUUUCAUGAGUUUGAAAGUUGCCUCAUCGUAAUUCUAAAAUCCAUAACCACAAAUUAGUUUCUUGUAAAUUGGUUGUUGUAAUUUUCCCAAAUUAAUUUGUCAUUCAUAUGUAGUUAUUCAUAGGUAUAAAGUGUUUCAAAUUUAGAUUUUGUGACUUGUAAAACUGUUGAUCCCAAUAAGAAAGUUUGUAUGUUGUAUAGUCUACCUCUGAUCUGCUGAGGUGUUCCCCUCCUGAUGUUCCCAGCCUCCUUAACCCUGUCACUGGUCAGGAAAUAAAAACAAAUUUACAGCAUUGUCGCGAUUUAAAGUCAUAAAAUUAUUGUGGGGGAAAAAAUCAAAAUCUAUGAAGAUCUUAACUUGAUUGCAAAGUUCAGUAAAAGCUUGUAGUGUAUUUUUCUCCAGCACUGACAUAGCAUUUUCUAAAUUAUAUGACUAGAGUUAUUUCCCCUGGCAGGGUGACAGGUUUUUGAGGGGUUAUUAAGGGUAUAAGGAUCUAGUCAAAUGUGUACCUCCAAAAGAGCUUCCUCUUAUAAAACAUUCAUUUUUAAUAAUGAUUUCAAUUAAACUGUUUAAUGAUAUUUUGUUUAUUAUUUCAUGAAUAAAUGUUUAGUAAUAUUUUGUUUAGUAUUUCAUGAAUAAAUGUUAAAUGAUAUUUUGUUUAGUACAGGUUUUUCAUGAUAAAAAUCAUCAUUUUACUUUCCAUAGAAAUAUAAAGAUAUAUAAUAUCAAACAUUUAAUAGUACAAGUUAUACAGCUCUACCAUUAUAGCAUACAAACACAUAUACAUUUUACAUUUAAUACGGAAAUCAAUAAGUAAUUGAUUUCAUUCACAAACUUGGGACAUAUCAGUGGGCCCGAUCAACAAUUAUAUACCCAUUAAAGUUUAUCAGGAAAUAUGUUACUGUUAAGGUGAUCCCUUGUAUGAUCAGCCCUUGUCUCAUUGUCACAUGGCCUAACCACUAACACAAGUCUGGAUUAUUUUACUUAACAAGGCUUAUAUUCAGCUAUUGUUGAAGAUUUUGCUGUUGUUGUAAUUUUGUCAUACAAUAUCUAUAUUACAAGAUAUUUGGUUUGAUCAUGAAACUGAAAUUAAAAUCAGAAUUUAGAAAUUGUUGUUAUUUUGUAAUUUGUUGCAGGGAAAGUAUAAAUCUACGGUAAUCAUAAAACAGAAGAUAUAUCUUUAAAACAGUCAUGGGCGUAUUCUUGUUUUAUUUCAUUCAUAUUUCAAGAAUAAAGAGCUUGACAUUUCCAGGGGCCGCGGUGGCCGAUAGGUUAAGGUGUCCCGACACUUUAACACUAGCCCUCCACCUCUGGGUUGCGAGUUCGAAACCUACGUGGGGCAGUUGCCAGGUACUGACCGUAGGCCGGUGGUUUUUCUCCGGGUACUCCGGCUUUCCUCCACCUCCAAAACCUGGCACGUCCUUAAAUGACCCUGGCUGUUUAUAGGACGUUAAACAAAAACAAACCAAAACCAAACCAAAUUGACAUUUCCUUAAAAUGAUUCAUUUGUAUCUACUUACAUGUAGAUUUUCUGUGUAAAUUUUCACCUUUCUCCCUUUUCUUAGUCCCCCGCUGUCAUGACUUGCUCAUGUCCAAAUCAGGGUAUGCUAGUCCCCAUUUGUCACGAAAUGUUCAUGUCCAAAACAGGGUAUGCUACUGUCACGAAAUGUUCAUGUCCAAAUCAGGGUAUGCUACUGUCAUGACUUGUUCAUGUCCGAAUUAGGGUAUGCUACUGUCACGAAAUGUUCAUGUCCAAAUCAGGGUAUGCUAGUCCCCAUUUGUCACGAAAUGUUCAUGUCCAAAACAGGGUAUGCUACUGUCACGAAAUGUUCAUGUCCAAAUCAGGGUAUGCUACUGCCAUGACUUGUUCAUGUCCGAAUUAGGGUAUGCUAGUCCCCAUUUGUCACGAAAUGUUCAUGUCCAAAACAGGGUAUGCUACUGUCACGAAAUGUUCAUGUCCAAAUCAGGGUAUGCUACUGCCAUGACUUGUUCAUGUCCGAAUUAGGGUAUGCUAGUCCCCAUUUGUCACGAAAUGUUCAUGUCCAAAUCAGGGUAUGCUACUGCCAUGACUUGUUCAUGUCCAAAUCAGGGUAUGCUACUGUCAUGACUUGUUCAUGUCCAAAUUAGGUUAUGCUGCUAUCAAUGGAAAAUUGUUUCUAGAUCACAGGCAUUCAUUGAAGUAUAAUUGUCAUAUGGAUAAUGGUCUAGCAGAGUUUCUGCAUUAUGAUACAGAAGUGUGUGUCAUAGUGUUGUUUCUGUAUGGUUUGUGUACCUGUGUUCAAUAAAUCCACGAUAACAGAAAUUUCAUCUUGAUAUAAAGUAUUUUAUUUAUUGAUUUUAUUGUAUCAUACAAUGUGUUUAUUGUGCAUUGAUAAUAAAACAAAUUAACUCUA